CCACGAGCUGACCCCAUCCCGAUAUGUAGCUUUUGUUUGGGAACGAAAGAAUCAAAUCGUGAAAAAAAACCAGAAGAGCUGUUGUCUUGUGCAGACUGUGGCAGCAGUGGACACCCUUCAUGUUUGAAGUUCUGUCCUGAAUUAACAACAAAUGUGAAGGCCUUAAGAUGGCAGUGUAUUGAAUGCAAGACAUGCAGUGCAUGUAGGAUCCAAGGCAAAAAUGCAGAUAACAUGCUUUUUUGCGACUCAUGUGAUAGAGGGUUCCACAUGGAGUGCUGUGACCCACCACUUUCCCGAAUGCCAAAAGGGAUGUGGAUUUGCCAGGUCUGUAGACCAAAGAAGAAAGGGAGAAAGCUACUUCAUGAGAAAGCUGCCCAGAUAAGGCGACGAUAUGCAAAACCUAUUGGACGACCGAAAAAUAAACUAAAGCAACGAAUGUUGUCUGUAACCAGUGAUGAAGGAUCCGUGAAUGCAUUCACAGGAAGGGGGUCACCUGGUAGGGGUCAAAAGACUAAAGUCUGUACCACACCUUCAUCUGGUCAUGCUGCAUCUGUGAAGGAUUCAAGCAGCAGAUUGCCUGUUACAGACCCCACUCGGCCUGGUGCCACCACCAAAAUCACCACCACCUCCACCUACAUACCUGCCUCUACACUUAAAGUUAACAAGAAAACCAAAGGGCUCAUUGAUGGCCUUACUAAGUUCUUUACACCAUCACCUGAUGGUCGCAGAUCACGAGGUGAAGUAAUAGACUUUUCAAAGCACUAUCGUCCAAGGAAAAAGGUCUCUCAGAAACAAUCAUGCACUUCUCUUGUGUUGGCUACAGGUACCACACAAAAGCUAAAACCUCCACCUUCUUCACUUUUACCCCCAACCCCCAUCUCUGGUCAGAGCCCCAGUUUGCAAAAAUUCAGCACUUCCACUUCUUCUAACUCUCUCCAGAGUUCUUCCAGUCAGUCAAGCAUACCUUCCUUUAGUAGCUUUCCUAGUAACAGUCAGCUGAAGGGACUGUUUGAUGGACUCUCUCAUAUCUAUACUGCUCAGGGACAGUCUCGCAAAAAGGGACACCCAAGCUAUGUGCCACCCAAGCGUUUGCCUUGUAAACCAGAGUUAUCUUCCACGCCAAAAUCUAUUAGUCAUUUCUUUGGACAGAAGGAGGUUAGAAGUAAGUUUAUUUCUCAUGCCUGUACCUCUGGAUGGGGUGUGUCUAGAGGACGUGCUAUUAAAGCAAUUGCUCACCUCAAGAGAACAACUUUCCUUAAAAAGCACAGGAUUCUAGGCAGGUUAAAGUAUAAAGUGACCCCUCAGAUGGGGACGCCCUCACCAGGGAAGGGGAGCUUGGCAGACGGAAGGAUUAAACCUGAUCAGGAUGAUGAUACUGAAAUCAAACUAAGCAUCAAACAAGAAAAUACGGAUGUAUUUCUCAUGGGAACCAAGGACAGUGUUACACAGGAGGAUCUGGAAGUAUUUAAGCAGGCUCGAGAACUUUCUCUGGAGAAAAUUGGUUGCAAAAACACUGGUGAAACAAGUGGGCGAUAUCCUUCAGUGAUUGAGUUUGGAAAAUAUGAGAUCCAGACCUGGUAUUCUUCACCUUACCCACAGGAAUAUGCAAGAUUACCAAAGCUUUACCUGUGUGAAUUCUGUCUUAAAUACAUGAAAAGUAAAAAUAUUUUGUUACGGCAUUCAAAGAAAUGUGGCUGGUUUCAUCCUCCAGCCAACGAAAUCUACAGAAGAAAUGACCUUUCAGUGUUUGAGGUUGAUGGAAAUGUGAGCAAAAUUUACUGUCAGAAUCUUUGUUUGUUAGCUAAGCUCUUUCUGGACCACAAAACCUUGUAUUACGAUGUUGAACCAUUCCUCUUCUAUGUCCUUACAAAAAAUGAUGAGAAAGGCUGCCAUUUAGUUGGAUAUUUCUCUAAGGAAAAGCUUUGCCAGCAGAAGUACAAUGUCUCGUGCAUAAUGAUCAUGCCCCAAUACCAAAGGCAAGGAUUUGGAAGGUUUCUCAUUGAUUUCAGCUAUUUACUUUCUAGAAGAGAGGGUCAAGCAGGAUCCCCUGAAAAGCCAUUGUCUGAUUUGGGUCGUCUCUCAUACUUGGCUUACUGGAAAAGUGUCGUAUUAGAGUACCUUAACUGCCACCAUGAAAAACAAAUCAGCAUCAAAGGAAUGAGUCGAGCUACUGGAAUGUGUCCACAUGAUAUUGCCACAACCCUGCAGCAACACAGCAUGAUAGAUAAAAGAGAAGAUAG